AUGGCACCCUGGGAAGAGUUCGAUAUCGCGUUCGCCUUCAAGCGGGAUUAUUCCUACGAUCACAAGCUCGUGGACCAAAUCAUCUCCAAUCGACGAGUACUUGAUCAUGUUCUCUUCGUUGAUCGGCUGUUGAAAAUACUUGGAAUUGAAGCGGCAUCGAAGAUAUACCCACCGAGAUCAAACCAAAGCCUGCGGUCCCUCUUCCAGCAAAUAGUCUUGUCGUCCUCGCCAAAUCACCACAAACAAUCCUUGAUAUACUACAUCUUAAAAGACUGUCGAGGAGCUGCCGAUAAAUCAAGCGCUUUGCAAUUUGCCAGAACGUGCUACCUACCGGAUAAGUACAGGCUGUUUAUUGAUGGAUUAUGGUACCUCGAUAAACUAGAGUUUCGACGCGCUCUGGAAUAUAUAACGGAGCCAUCUCUGAUACCCACCUUCUCCGAUGAAAUUCUCUAUGUCCUCUCUGCCUCUUCGAAGCAGGACGACGGCCUUGCCAUAGCAUACUAUGUAACCGUCCAGCCUCCACUAGCUUCCCAGAAAGCUCUUAACGCAUACUUUGGAUCCUUAUGUCGAACUGGAAUUCCAGAAGCGUUUUAUUUCUUAAGACAACAACCUGAGGAGAGUAGCGCGCCACUACUAGAGCAUCUCAUUACCUUUGUUCUAUCAACAAAAGCCGGAGAGCUAAGGGCAAAACGUGCCAUGGAUCUCAUAAACCUACCAUUUAGUGAGACAGAAGAAGAGUGCUUCAAUGACUUACUCUUACGUGGUAAUGCAAAGAACCUGCAUGGAGCUCGGGAUACUGUCAUGAUGAGACGAGUUGCUACUGGACGGGUGGAAAAUCUGGACAGCGAGCUAGAGUCGCUUGGAGGGCGCAGGCUGGAGGGCCUUAACUGGGAUGAUCUGAAGAGAAAUCUCAAAUCAGUCAAUUCUGUGGAAGCUUGA